UCCCGGGUAUUCUCAGUGUCCCUACUUCCGGCUCUGCAUCAGUCAGGUCGUCACCUCCCCAGUCCCUCCCCUCUCCGGCUGCACCGCCACGUCAGGCCUCCUUAGGUCCGGUCCUGACAUUACUGUACUCCCUACCCCAGAGCUGCCGCCGGAGGGUGCUGUGAGGCUGCAGGAUGGAGAGCCUGUACCGUGUACCGUAUACAGUGCUGGAGUGCCCCAACUUAAAGCUGAAGAAGCCCUCAUGGCUGCAUAUGCCCUCUGCUAUGACAGUGUAUGCCAUGGUGGUGGUGUCAUACUUUCUCAUCACAGGAGGUAUAAUUUAUGAUGUGAUUGUGGAACCCCCUAGCGUUGGUUCUAUGACAGAUGAGCAUGGACACCAGAGGCCAGUAGCUUUUCUGGCCUACAGAGUAAAUGGGCAAUACAUUAUGGAAGGCUUAGCUUCAAGCUUCCUCUUUACAAUGGGUGGACUUGGAUUCAUCAUCUUGGAUCGCUCUAAUGCCCCAAAUAUCCCUAAGCUGAAUAGGUUCCUGCUGCUGUUUAUCGGAUUCAUCUGUGUCCUUCUCAGCUUCUUCAUGGCCAGAGUAUUCAUGAGGAUGAAGCUUCCAGGUUACCUCAUGGGUUAAAUGUUACAUUUACCUACACCUAAAAGAUACCACAAAAGACAAGAUUGCAGUAAUCAUAAAAGAAGUGGUAUGGCCAUAUUACGCCACAACGUGGAAUUUGGGUACAAGUGAAGAACCGAGAGGCAUGAUUUUCUUCAGGAGUCCUAGCUUGUCAGCUACAAAUAUUUUUGUAAUUGUUUUUCACUGCUUGUGUCACUUUUUGGUUUCAAAUAAAAUUUUCUUUUGUUAA